CUUUAACUCUGGUCAUUUCGUCCGGCGCGUAGUUCGACAAAACUUAACAAUACUUUGACGUUGUUCAUGCUUAAUGGAAAUAAUAGAUAAUAACCAAUGUAAGAAAAAUUGCUUGAGUUUUCUGUGUCAAAAACACUGAAGCCUUCAGAAAAGCAUUCAUGACGUCGACUGGUGACCAGACCAUCGAAGAAGACUAUCAAACCCUCAGUAAUCAGCAGAGACUAAAAGCAGCCAUGCAUUAUACAACAUUGAAGAUAUGCCAGGCAACUGAAAAAAAGUAUGAUCUUCACGUAACUCCACAGGCUGUUGCGGCAAUAGCAGAGACUUUGUGGAGGCAAGCAGAAUCGUUUGCAGUUGAUCUGGAGUCGUUUGCAAGACAUGCACGGCGAUCAGUAAUAUCUCCAGAUGACAUUAAGCUGUUGCUUCGCAGAAAUCCACAAUUGCUGAAGCAUAUUCAAGAUGUUCAUGCAGAACAGACUAGUGGACGAGAAGAGACUAAAAGGGGAAGAAAACCCAAAAAGGCCACCACAGAUAAAAGUGAAGUGAAAACCAGAGAUGGAGAUUGAUCUGUAAUGUUUCACAUGUAUAUCAUAUGUAGGUGUAAAAUUCAUAUGGUUCCAAGGUAUUUCUUUUCUGUCAGUUCACAAACAAGUGCACACACAAACGCUUUCGUGAGGGAAUGUAUACAGUUGUAUAAAACAGCUCAGUGAAGCUAGGAAGACAGGUGGGAGCAAGAGUAUAUAGAUUUGUUCCCCCGUUAUUAAGGAAAUGUACCAUACUGAACAGCUUGUGGCUUGUAAAAGUUAUGGAAAGUCCACAAUAAAUGCUUUGAAGUA